AUGCUCCUUCUUCUUUUCCUCUGGGGCUUUGCUUCGGCACUUCCUGCCCUAGGUUUUUCCCACGCCCCGCCUCUUCUGCCAACUUUUGUAGCCUAUAACACACUCCCUUUCCCGCGCUGGCUUAGCGACUUUACUGGUCUCCAUCUGUGGCCAGACAUAGAUCCGCCAUACAUUCCCCUUGAUUUCAUCACUUUUGAUGAGAGUUCUACUCUGUUGGCACAAAUCCAUUUGCAAGGAAAUUGCCUGGACUCGCAUAACAGGAAUAGUGUUUGUUCUUUCGACUGCUUCAAUUGUGUAUCAAGCGACGACGUGUAUACAUGCCCUGUUCUUAGCCAAACGUUUGACGAUGGGCCUUCUUUAGCUACUCCCAAGCUCGUCAAGGCGCUUCGCAGCCGCUCAACCUUUUUCACAAUAGGCCUAAAUGUUGUGCGAUAUCCGGAGAUCUACAGGGCGACAGCCAGAGCCGGGCAUAUUAUGGGCUCGCACACUUGGCUGCACAAGUUCUUGCCGCUGCUUCUGAAUGAGGAAGUUGUAGCUCAAAUACAGUGGUCCGUCUGGGCCAUGAAUGCAACCUACGGCCACAUUCCCAAAUGGUUUCGUCCUCCGUAUGGUGGGAUUGAUAACCGGAUCCGUGGCAUUCUCCGCCAGUUCGGAAUGCAGGCUGUACUUUGGGACUUUGACACAGUCGAUUGGCGUCUUGAAGCUGGACUGGCUCCUCAGGAGGCCAUGAUAUAUUCUGGAGUAAAUGAGUUUCAGAAAUUGAGAGGAAACCGCGGCUUGAUUUUGGAACACGAUGGCACAGACACCACAGUCAAUGUGGGGAUAAACUUGCACAAGCAGCUCGGGCCGGUUCAAUUGUCGGUGCCUGAGUGUGUAGGUGGUAUAGACUACAUCAAGAAGUUUAUAGAUCCAAGCAAAUAA